AUGUAUUCUUUGUAUUCCCUAUCAAAAUGCCUUGUUUCUUUACAUAUAUUGACUAUACUCCUCCUCAUACACAGAGCUUCAUCCUUGAAUCUUACUAAUGAGUAUAUUCACCACAACUGCCGCGUUAGUCAAGGAAAAUAUCAGCCGGGAAGUAAGUACGAGAAAGAUCUCAACUCUCUCAUCCGUAGAGUUUCUGCCGAUAGGUUUAUAGAUGGCUUCAAACACUCAUCUAAUGGUGAGGAUACCAAUUCCAUCACCAUCAUAUUUCAAUGUCGCGGUGACUCUUACAAGUCCAAGUGCGCCUCAUGUUAUGCCACCGCCGUCGCCGGGUUUCGUAGAAGAUGUCCGCGAAACAAAGGAGGUACAAUAUGGUACGACCAAUGUUUUCUUGAUGUGAGUAUGAUUAAUGAACAUGCCCCAAGACUGAUGAACUACGAGAAUAUUUAUACUAUGCACAGCCCAAACAACAUGAAAGGGGAUACAAACUCGUUCAACAAAAAGACCACUGAUUUCCUCCAUAACUUGAUUGUAAAAGCUGAUACAACCGACGUAGAUGGCAUCAACUUUCUAUACUACGCAGCAGGGGAACUGAGACUUGGGAAGAAAACAUUGUAUGGAAUGGUUCAGUGUGCGAAAGAUAUAAGAAGUUGUAAAGGUUGUUUGGAAUGGAGUAUUAGGCAGCUUUCUAAGUGUUGCGAUGGUAAACAAGGAGGGAGAGUUUUGACUACGAGUUGUAAUCUUAGGUAUGAGCUAUACCCUUUUCUUAGGACUUGA